AGGUAGCAUUUGAAAUACACAGUUCUGAUUUCAAUUUAUCGUCAGAUAUUAAGCAUCAAAACAAAUAUCGUUGAAAUAAGCAUAAUAAAUUGGCAUUCGAAAAAUGUCGUGCAUUUGUCAAUAUAUUGUUAAUUCCUCGCCGCCAAUAAAUGGCAUCGAUCUAUUGGCCUCAGUUGCAUUGCCCGAAUCUGCAGAGACAGGAGUGGCAGGUGCAACUUCAAGUAUGAGUCCAGAAGACACCAAUCUCAAUACUUCGAAAGAGGCUGUGACAGAUGACAAAAAGAUCUCUGUUUGUAUCUCGGAUCUGGCUGCUUGUCGUUCGGAGAAUUGGCUGCUCAAAAAGAAGCUGCGUGAGUACGAGGUCACCAUUGAGAAUCUAGAGCAAUUGAUGACCACGAUUGUGAAUAAGCAACAUCAGGUGCUAAGCGAUAUGUUUCAGUUGCGUAAACGAAACCAUAAGCUGCAAAUUGAGUGCAACCUGCAAAGGGAAUUCAACUCGGUGGAGCGCAAUGCUCUUAUGAAAGAGCUGCAUGAGCUGAAGACUCGAUCUCAAACUCAGACAAUGAGUGGGGCAGAAGAUGAGGGGGAGGAUGGGAAUCGCUCUGCGGAUAGUGAGGAAUUUGAAAAACCCCAGACGGAUAGUGAAGAGGCUUGUUCUUCUGAUCUUGACAGCGAAGAGGAUGAUCAAUCUAUAGUCUCUUCUGACGCAUCAACUGCAAUAUUCUCGGGCAACAGCUCACCAUAUUCCACAGAGUCUGAGGCCGACAAUAGCGAAGAUAGUGAGGAGGAUAAUAAUGAAACUGAUGAAUCUGAAUCGGAAUAAAUAUUGGGAUCAGGACUUUACACAUCCACACACCUCUCACAAUAUUCCUGAUUAACAAAAAACAUUAGAAAUUUCGGCAAGGAUCUUUAUGGACCUCAUGCCAUAUUAUAAAUCUUUUAUUUUUAUCAAAUUACCUUCUCAAAUAUAACGCAUUAAAUAAUCAACAGAAAAACGUGACAAUCGAGCAAAACAAACGAAAUAAAUUCACAAAUAACGUGACAUCGCUCUCAAAAAGGACGUCACAAUGCGAAGGACAACGCAUUUAAGACUGCCGAGUGUUAUUUGCAUAUCAAAAUGCGAUAGUCGCCGUUCCUCUCACUCUGGUUGCCAAAGUGAUUGAAUGCCAUGCAAAUAAAUAGAUGAAGCGACCGGGAGAACAUUUAAAUCUCUGCCAAAAACGUGUUAAGUGUUUACCUAUCGCAAAACUUGAAAUAAAAAACAAAAACCAAAUAA